AUGAUGCGCCGCCUUGCCAUUCAGUCUUCUGUUCGCCGCACCACCGCGGCCAUAACACCAAUUGCGGUACCCAUGAAGGUCGCCAGUCCGAUGUGUAGUGCUGCUACUCGUCAGGCUUCAACAGUGGCCAUAUCCGUGCAGGGCCUGCACUACGUUGGGACAGGUCUUGCCGCAAUUGCCCUCGCCGGUGUGGGUCUUGGCAUCGGAACAAUUUUCGGUAACCUGUUGGUUGCUUGUGCUCGGCAGCCCAACUUGACGAAGAUGCUUUUCAACUAUGCCAUUCUUGGAUUCGCACUCACGGAAGCUAUUGGUCUAUUCGCCCUCAUGCUUGCGUUCUUGAUGCUCUUCUCGUAA